UCAAAGCCAGAAGUCGACAGGUGUGUCAACAAAUUCCGAAAUUUUAAACAUUUUAAAUUUCCUGUGCAUUCCAAUUAUUGGAAUUUUUUAAACAUUUUUGACCAUAUUGUUAUUGUGAGAAGCCAAUAAGAUGGCAGGGGACGACGCAAUUCUUCUUAAACCAGUAUGGCGAUUCUGCGAUUCAUGUCGGGAAUUUUUGUGGGGGACACGUUGUGGGUGUGUCACUGCUGAAAGUGAGGCCGACAUGUGGCAACAAUAUUCCACCUUGCCCUACAUCGAAGAUCAAAAGUACACUUUCGGAAGCAAGUACAUCUCGAGGGACGACCAAGGCGAGUUCAUCUUUGUGCAAACUGAACAAAAUCCCGGAAAUCUGGCCGAAAUUACUUGUUCAGGUGGAAAUUAUUGGGUCAAACCGGCCGGGAAACGUAUUGUCUUGGUCAAUGAUUACCAGUUGGAGAAAAACUGCCGCACGAAACUCAACGAUGGCGACAAGAUUGCUUUACUCGGAAAAGUUCGACCGAGACGUGGAUUUGAUCAAGUGAUUAAUCACGAAUCCCUAAAUGGAUUCUUCCAAUUUAGGGGUCGUGCCAUCGAGAAGGAGAGGAAGGAGAGGAUCCGACCAUUCCAGAUAACGAGGACAUGGUCGACUUCACGGCAGGACAAGAUCACGUCGUCUUGUCCCACAUUUUCUCCUGCCUGCCCUUCAACACUCUCAAAACGGCACGAUUAGUAUGCAGCAAAUGGGACGAGGAAGCUGCUCGGAUUGUAAAGAAAAAAUCCACCCUUACCUUGGACUUUUGUUCCCGGGACAAUUAUUACGAGCACCCGAUGGGGUCGAUGAGGUUGCUUCGAUACGUUAAAGAAAUGGAAAACGUGCAACCUAUGAGGUUGAACUUGAAGGUCCCGCCUUUCGCCCGCCAGCGGAUCCAAACUCGGUAGAAGGACAAUUAGCCAUGAAACGGGUCGACGAUCUGAACUGGUUUCUACUAGAUCGAUGUCGUCACAUCACACGAUUAAAUUUGGGUGGAGAAAUUUGUUCAAGAUCCGAUUAUAAGAUGCAUCUCGAUAUUCUCAUUAAAAUGCAAGGAACCCUUCGCGACCUAGAGUUAUCUUGGCUUUUUGACGUAAGAACAGUAAGAAUAUUUCAAUCCAGUGAAGACUACGCAUUUCCAACGGAUGCCCUUCAUCUCAAGAAUCUAGAAGUAUUCACUUACUCCGUGAAUUUUGAUCGCAUCCCUGCCAAACCCCGCCGGACCAUCAUGUCCUCCUGGGCGGCAGCAAUUCAAGGCGUAAAAACCAUGCAACUAAAUUGCAAUUGUCUCGAGGAUUACAAAUUCUUCGAAUGUUUGCGGAAGUGCGAGCUCCCUUUUCCACAAUUGGAGGCUUUUAUCAAUUCGGAUUUAACAGGACAGGGUGUUCUUGACUUACUCUUGAAGUUGACGAAUCCCUUGAAGAAGUUGAAUCUGAACGCGUUGCUAUUUUGUGAACGUGAAGAUAUCUCCAAAUUCGAAACCUUAAUCCAGAAGCAUGCCGGCACAUUGGAAGAGUUUAAGUUCAUUUAUAACGGGGUGAACUUUAUUUCUUUCGGAAACGCAACUUUCCAUCGACUCCAUCUCCCGAUUCUUCCCCGGUUGAAAAAGUUUACCGUUGGAUGGAUGCCACGGACCGACCUGAAUAUUCGUUUCCCUUCUGGGCAUGAUAACAACGAUGUCGUCGAUUAUGAGAGGCACCUUCCCAGCCUUGAUGCCCUCUCGUUAUCCAUGUUUCCCUACGACUAUGAGUUCAAUUAUACGUGGGAACAUCAACGAGACCAACUGGAUAAUUUUUUCCCCACGCGGGACAGAAAUGGAGAGCCGAUUGAGAUAAGAUGCGUCACAUUGAGGAAACUUGAGCCACGUAUGUACGACCUGUGUAGAGGACGUGAUUGGUCGGAAAUUGAGUUCCCUUCCGACCUCUCACUCACCGAUGUUCCCAAACGUCUGGAAUGAUUGGAUGACGAGACAAAGGAGUGAGAAGUCACGAGAGGAAUCCUUAUCUGCGACCAGGGACGACAUGGAAGUAAUCUCCGAGCCAGGACAAGAAUAAUUAAAAAAGAUGAACCUCAAUUUACUUAUUCAUUUAUUUAUUGAUCAUUGAUUUUUGUGACGUUCUCAUUAAAAACCAUUUUGUACCUUUGGAUUUUCUGUUAUAUGACGGUCACGCUUUUUAUAUUACUUAUUCGAUGUGUAGUAUUGAUUUGACUUUGAUUAUAGAUGAGAUUAAUAAAAAUGGGUUUUCCAUUAAA